AAGACAGCAAGGAGCAGCGAUAAUUUCACAAGCUAACAUGAACUGUAUCCCACAGCUCUUCAACUAGCACACUCAUUUCACAAUAUGACCAGUCUAUCGAGCUCUUCGUCCGCUUCCCCAUACCUGGCACCGGAUAAUCCAACACCCAGUCAAACAACACCCGACAGCGAGACAUCAUGGUCAGACAGCCCUCUUCUCAUCGACCGGGAGAGUAGGAACCUCAGUGCCAAGCUCCAGGACCUGCAUUCCUUUCUUCACGAGUUAUUUGACGAGAAUCUCCUAGCCAAGACCUAUCGUGUUGGUGUAGACGGUCUCGACACAGUCCAAUACACAGAUGGCGUGGCCAGGACUCCGCGUGGCUUCCCAGAGAUUGUGCCCCAGUCUGGUCCUCGGGCUGGUCUAUACGACCUUCGCGAGCCCGAGUUCUGGACUUGCGGCUUCUUUCCAGGAACCCUGUACGCUCUGCUCGAGAGGAGCAUCCGGCACCCGCAGGUAUCAAUGUUCCGUGAAGGCCGUUGGACAAGCAGACGCCUUUACCCUCACCUGCGAACCCUUUGCGAGGCGUGGUCCGACCCUCUGCACGCCAUGUCUCUACGGACAGACACACACGACAUUGGCUUCAUCGUGAUGCCCGCAUUGCAAAGGGACUGGGAGCUCACGGGCAACCGACGCAGCCUCGAGUCCAUUGUGCAAGCGGCGCGCAGCCUGGCUAGCCGCUUCGUGUCCACGUCGGGGGCUAUCCGCAGCUGGGAUCUGCUUCUAAAGAAGGAGAUCGCGGUGACCGACAUGGAGGAUAACAACCUCGUCAUCAUCGACAGCCUCUGCAAUCUGGACCUCUUAUACUACGCGGCCGCCCACAGUGGCGAUGUCCGGCUGGCCGAGAUCGCCACGACACACGCAAAGACACUCAUGGACACGCACCUGAGGCCUGAAUCACCCGAGCCGUCUCUGACACGGCGGUACCGGGGCCAGAUGUACUCGACAUGCCAUGUCGGUAACAUCAGCCCCAAGACUGGCGCCCUCAAGUUUCGCUGGACAGCGCAAGGAUACGCCAACGACUCAAUCUGGGCACGUGGACAAGCCUGGGCUAUCCUGGGGUACGCGCAGACCUACAUGUGGACGAGGGAUUCCGAGUUCCUCGACGUGGCCUGCGGAGUUGCCGAAUACUUCCUGUACCGGCUCGAGACGGCGCCGUCGAGCGUCGAGAUGCCUGACCGCCACGGCAGAGGAAAGACAAUGGGCCGUCAUGUCCCGCUGUGGGACUUUGAUGCGCCCGUGAACCCCGAGCGUCCGCUGCGGGACUCGUCAGCGGGCAUCAUCGCAGCCAACGGUAUGCUCAUCCUGUCACAGGCGCUUCGUGGCGUCGGCAGGCAUGGCCUCUCUCGCCACUUUCUGGACGCCUCUCUCUUGAUUGUCCGAGACACGCUCGAUGUCUGUCUGUCCUUGGACACGGCGCGGUUCGCAGACCAGUCUGAACAGGAAGCAGAGGGGCUUGAGGUGGUCGACUCGGUCGAGGGCGCCAGAUUUGAUGGGUUCUUGAGGAAUGGGACGGCGAACAACAAUGAGAAUGCUCGUCGUCGUUACUCGGACCACGGACUAGUCUAUGGGGAUUAUUAUCUCGUCGAGUUUGGCAACCGUUUGUUGAAUAUGGGGUUGGCCUAGUCUGGCUGUUGACAAGAUGAACAUGUCCGCUCUCGAGGCAGACGUGGGAUCUGCGUGUCAAAGAGAUUUGUUUUAUGCUCAGGCAUUUCAAGUGAGCAUAAUAAAAUCACAAGCUUCCGCAUCGUCAGUUAGUCACCAGCAUUGUGGCCGGCAGCUUCUCUCGUCUUCAUGUACCCAAACGAACCAAUGCCAUGAGUAACUAUAAUGACCAGCUCAUAAUUGCCACCACUCGCAACCAAUGCCCCUUGUAAAUGUAUUAGA